AUGCCUCUUGACUACACGCUUAAGCUUGUUGGAAAGCCAGAACUGGCAGAUCAACUCAAACACAAUAAAACACAUAUCAUAGGAAUCGGACUUCGAGGACAUCAGCCUCGAGUGCACGCAAGCUGGAUUUACUAUCCAGAAGACAACUGCCCCUUUUACAGAGCAACCAUUUUCUCUAGAUAUGGGGAAGGUAAUGCUCCGCCAGCUGAUCGACUUUUGCCAACUAUUCAAAUGGGAAUUACUCCUGUAAACGACAAUAUUGUGGCACCGGGACCAUAUUGGUCUAUUAUGGUGGAAGUAAGUGAGAGUGAACACAAGCCAGUCAACAAAGAUACCAUUGUAUAUGCUACCAUACUAGGUGCAAUCAACGUUGGUUUAAUGGAGUCUGAAGACGAGAUUGUGUCAAUUCAUUAUCGAAUGGAAAAUCGUGGUUAUCCAAUCCCUCACAUCGAUCGUGAUGGCGUUCUAGAAGUGGCACUCCCUUGGCUUAAAGAUCAUUCAGUCUGGAGUAGAGGGCGCUUUGGAAGUUACAAAUAUGAAGUAGCAAAUCAAGAUCACAGUUUAAUGAUAGGAGUAGAGGCAAUAAACAAUAUGUUGUAUGAAGAAGAAGAGAUUAGUCUCUGUAGACCAGACUAUGUUAACAAAGGAUCCGUGAAAAACAAAAUUAUGUUCGAACCCAAACCUAUACAGCAAUAG